CCGCUUGGUCGGCCCGGCGGUGCCGCUCGCCGCCACUUCCCCGCUGGGCGCUUUCCUGCCCGUGAACUCGAUCCGCUCCCGGAAACUCGGCUCUCCUCUCAGUCCCGCCGGUGGGGUCUCGACACGGCUCUCGGCCCCGGCGAGGCGGGCGGGGGGGAACUUCUCGCACUUCUCCGGAGAAGGAUUUGGGCCGCCCAGCUCCGGCGGCGGCAGCGCCUGCGGUCCCCGCCGCGGCGGCAGAACUUUCGCCUCCGCUUGCGGGGCGGCGAGAGGGGCCCGGGUGCGCCGGCCGCGGCGGGAGCAGCGCGGCGGCGGCGGCGCCGGCCCGGCAGCCGCGGAAAUGAAGCUGAGCCGGCAGUUCACGGUGUUCGGUAGUGCGGUCUUCUGCGUGGUGAUCUUCUCCCUGUACCUGAUGCUGGACCGCGGCCACUUCGACCACCCGAAGAGCCCCCGGCGGGAGGGCACCUUCCCCAAGGGCCAGCUUUCAAUAUUGCAAGAAAAAAUAGAUCAUUUAGAGCGUCUGUUGGCAGAAAAUAAUGAGAUUAUUUCAAACAUACGAGAUUCUGUGAUCAAUCUGAGUGAAUCAGUAAAGGAUGGACAAAAAAAUCCAGAGGCUGUAAACUUUGGUCAAGGAUCUGUUUCUGAGCUGUUCCCUUCUGCUUCAGCUUUGCUUGCAGUUGAUUCUGAGGAUUGUUUGUUUGCUUCAAAAAGUGGAAGUCACAGUUCAGGUGUACAGAUGCUGGAUGUCUAUGACAUUCUUCCUUUUGAUAAUCCAGAUGGUGGCGUUUGGAAACAAGGAUUUGAUAUCACUUACAAUGAAAAUGAAUUUGACAAUGAACCACUUCAAGUUUUUGUUGUGCCUCACUCACAUAAUGAUCCAGGUUGGCUGAAGACUUUUGAUGAUUACUUCAGAGAUCAGACACAGCAUAUUUUAAAUAACAUGGUUAUAAAACUGCAAGAAGACAACCGAAGGAAAUUUAUAUGGUCUGAGAUUUCCUACUUUUCAAAAUGGUGGGAUGGAAUAGAUAGCCAAAAAAAAGAUGCUGUUAAAAGGUUAAUAAAAGAUGGACAAUUUGAAAUAGUAACAGGAGGAUGGGUCAUGCCUGAUGAAGCAUCUUCUCAUUAUUUUGCUUUAAUUGACCAGCUGAUAGAAGGACACCAGUGGCUAGAAAAGAACCUUGGAGUAAAACCAAAGUCUGGAUGGGCAGUUGAUCCAUUUGGGCAUUCACCAACAAUGGCCUACCUUCUGAAGCGCGCAGGAUUUUCCAAAAUGCUUAUUCAGAGAGUUCAUUAUUCAGUUAAAAAACAUUUUGCAACACAAAAGACACUAGAAUUUUUUUGGAGACAGAACUGGGAUUUGGGAUCCAGUACAGAUAUUCUUUGUCAUAUGAUGCCUUUCUAUAGCUAUGACAUUCCUCAUACUUGUGGCCCAGAUCCAAAAAUCUGCUGCCAGUUUGAUUUCAAAAGACUUCCUGGAGGAAGAAUAAGUUGCCCUUGGAGAGUCCCACCAGAAGCCAUUCAUGCUGGAAAUGUUCAACACAGGGCUUGGAUUAUAUUAGAUCAAUACAGGAAGAAGUCAAAGCUCUUCCGUACAAAAGUCCUGUUAGCUCCACUUGGGGAUGAUUUUCGCUACACUGAGAGCUCUGAAUGGGAUCAGCAGUACCAGAAUUACCAGAAGCUGUUUGAUUAUAUGAAUUCUCGCCCUGAAUGGCAUGUUAAGGCCCAGUUUGGAACUUUAUCUGAUUACUUUGAAGCUCUGCUCAAAGAAAGCAAUUUGGGUGAAAAGAGCAGCAAUUCACUUUUUCCUGUUUUAAGUGGAGACUUCUUCACCUAUGCAGACAGAGAUCAUCAUUACUGGAGUGGGUACUUUACAUCACGACCCUUUUAUAAACGCCUGGACAGAGUCUUGGAAUCCUACAUAAGUAUGUUUGAGCUAACAUCCAUCUGUAUAUACAUAUUUGUGAGAGAAAGAGCCAUGAACAGAAGGGCAGCUGAAAUUCUCUACUCCUUGGCUUUAGUACAGUCCAGUAAAUCUGAGAAGAUGAGUGUAUUUCCUUCUGUGGAUAACUAUAAAUUGCUGACAGAAGCUAGGAGGAACCUUGGACUCUUCCAGCAUCAUGAUGCUAUUACAGGAACAGCCAAAGAUUGGGUAGUUGUGGAUUAUGGCACCAGGCUUUUCCAUUCAAUAAUGAAUUUGAAGAAAGUAAUAAUUGACUCUGUUCAUAUUCUCAUCCUAAAAGACAAAAGUGCUUAUAACUAUGACACAGCAACUCCGCUCCUGAAGAUGGAUGAUGUUCAGGCUUCUCAAGAUUCUUUGCCACGCAAGACAGUUAUAAAGCUGACAUUGCAACCAAGAUACCUUUUGAUACAUAAUCCUACGGAACAAGAGCGAUUUUCAGUGGUUUCAGUCAAUGUGAAUUCACCCAGAGUUAAAUUAUUGUCUCCUUUGGGAAAACCUGUUACUGUCCAGAUUAGUGCUGUUUGGGAUGGAGCAACUACAGUAUCACAUGAAGCUUAUCAGAUGUCUUUUGUGGCACAUCUACCACCUCUUGGGAUUGGAGUUUACCAGCUUCUGGAGGAUGAGAGUUCAGAAGCAGUUUUAGCUGACUAUAACAUAUAUGUAAGGAAUAGCAGGCAGGAGAAGCCAGAUGGGAUUUUCAAGAUAAAAGAGAUGCAGCAUUCUGUGGAUAAUAUAAUCUUAGAGAAUACAUACAUGAAUUUAUGGUUUUCUGGAAUGUCUGGGUUACUGGAGAAAAUAAACACCAAGGAAGAUGGUAAAAAUCAUCAAAUGAAGAUGGAGUUUGCUUGGUAUGGAACUACCAGCAACCGAGAUAAAAGUGGAGCUUAUCUCUUCUUACCCGAUGGAGAUGCCAAGCCGUAUAUUUUUACAGACCCACCUACCAUACGAGUUGCUCAUGGUGUGAUUUUCUCAGAAGUUGUUUGUUUUUUUCACCACGUGACACAUACCAUACGGCUGUAUAAAGUCCAGGGUUUGGAAGGUCAGUCUCUUGAAGUUUCCAAUAUUGUGGACAUAAGAGGAGAAUAUAAUCGUGAACUUGCAAUGAGAAUUUCAUCCGACAUAAACAGUCAAAAUAGAUUCUAUACUGAUCUUAAUGGAUAUCAGAUCCAGCCUAGACUGACGAUGAGCAAGUUGCCUCUUCAAGCAAAUAUCUAUCCUAUGACUACCAUGGCUUAUAUCCAAGAUGUUGGUGUUCGUUUGACACUUCAUUCAGCUCAGUCUUUAGGUGUUGCUAGCUUGAAAAAUGGUCAGCUGGAAGUGAUCAUGGAUCGUCGGCUCAUGCAGGAUGACAACCGUGGCCUUGGACAAGGUGUUCAAGAUAACAAGAUUACAGCUAAUGUCUUCCGACUGCUGUUGGAAAGAAGACGUAGAGCAGAUGUGAAUGAAGAGAAGGCACCAGUCAGUUUUCCAUCACUUCUUAGCCAUAUGACUUCUCUCUUCUUAAAUCAUCCUGUAAUUCCAAUGACAACGAAUGCAGAUUCAGGUGUCCCAGAGUUGAUAAAUACUUUUUCUCCAUUGAUGUCAUCCAUGCCUUGUGACAUGCAUAUAGUCAAUUUGAGGACAAUCCAAGCAAAGGUAGAUACCAAACCAUCUGAUGAAGCUGCUCUGAUUCUUCACAGAAAGGGAUUUGAUUGUAGAUUUUCAAACAGAGACACGGGUCUGCUCUGUUCUACCACUCAGGGAAAGAUAAAGGUUCAUAAACUUUUUAGCAAAUUCAGAGUGGAAAGUCUUACACCCACAUCUUUAUCUUUGAUGCAUUCACCUCCAGAUGUCCAAAAUAUAAGUGAAAUAAACAUGAGUUCUAUGGAGAUAAAUACAUUCCGGAUUCGACUGAGAUGAAAUCCUGCUUUAAUACUCAGAAUCUGCAAUUGUAUCUCCUCUGAGUUUCAUGUGCAAUAAGAGGCACAUUAAUGUUAUUCCAGCUUCUGGAUACUGUGAGAAAAAGAUGCAUUCUAUAAUUUUUUUUUGACCAACACAAAUGAAAAGCCAUGUUGCAAGCAACUUUCUUCUUUGUUCAGAUUUUUCCCCCAUAAAAUAGCAACAUCAUUAUCAGUUAAUGCAACAAGAAAUUUCUAUGGAUGUUAACCUCUCAACAGAUUAAAUCUCAGGUUAAAUGCUAAUUAAUGAUGUUUCUGGUGUUUUAAUUUUCAUAAACAGGGGAUUAGAUUUUAAACAGCCUUCUUUUCCUGAUUCUUGAUGAAUUUAUAUGUUAAUAACUCAGUGUAGAAAGUCCUGAUGCAGCUUGGAAAUAAAAUGGAAUAAAAUGUUCCUGUGUAGUAGCUAAUGUCCAAAUAUUUGCAAUCAUUUAUAUAAAUGACAAUAAUCUCAAUUUAUUCUGCAAUUAAUUUCAGUUUAUUCAACACAAAGGGGAUUAUUAAUUGUGGUGAAAUGAAAGCCUGCAGUACUUGUGAUAAGUGAUGGUAGAUUUUAAUACUUCUACCAUUCACCUGAGUUAUGUAAAUAGAAAAACCUGAACCUACAAAGUAAUUUUGCAAAGGAAACGUUUAAUAAAACUCCCAUUUUGUUACUUGACACACUGGGAUAUGUGCAAUUAUUCCAUUACCAUAAUGAGAAAUGUCCAUAAUUAUCAUGAAUACAAGAUUUUUUAUAAAACUCAUUUAGAUACCAGUGUUCUCUGAAAUGAGUUUUCUAUUUCAAGAUUACCAUAUCAAAAUAAAUGUGCCUUAUUUUUGAUAUGUCUUGUUACAAUUUUGGUGUCUAUGUUAAUGUUUUUGGGGAAAAGGUAGUUUAUGUAAUACUUAAGCUGUGUAUCUCCUAUUUGACAAUGCUGGCCACACUGAUCUAUGUACUCCUGCACCAAGUUUGUGCUACCUUAUUCUGAACAUUUUGACUAUUUGAAUGUAUUAAUACGAUGUCAUUACAUGAAACACCAACAAGAAAAGAAUUACUGUAGAAGCUAAAUUCAGCUGCUUUCAAGAAAAUUGCAACUUGAUUCAAAGAGUUGAUAUUAAGCAAGGUAUAGUUUGCAAACCCAUCAAAACAUGUUCUUGCAUGUCACAGACUGUGGUGACCUGUUAAUUCCAAAUCAUGUGCCUAUAUUUUAAACAACAUUUUACAAACUUGCAACCUCACUUAUAUUGCCAGUGUUCAUGUUACUGAAGAAUGGAGACUUUACUUUUUCCCAUAUUAAUUAAUAGUUAGUACUUAAGCCAUCCAAGUGUGGAAAGUAUUUCUCUAAGUAGAGCUGCUAUUUACAGUUAAUAUAUAUAAACAUUCAUUUGAGUAUGAUCCCAUUUUAUAGUCGUCAUUUAUUUUCAUAGCUUGUUCUUCUAUCUCUCGCUUAUGCUCUACUUUUCCAUACCCUGUUGCUUAUCCUCAAUACUAAUGCAUGAAAAAUCAUCAUAACUGGUAAAAAAAGAUGUGCUAAUUCUAAUAUUGCCUCCUGUAUUUAAUUUCAUCAUUGUUGUUCAACAAUUAUAUUAAAUAUCAAAGUCUAUCAAAUUAUUUCAUGUAGCUACAGGCUAUCUAAAAUGAAAGUGAAAGUCAUAAUUAGAUUUAUGCAUUGUCACAGUUUGGAUCUCUGUUGAGAUUGUAUAGGUUUUCUUAAUUCAAUCUACUGUGUGUUUUGUAAUAAUGGGAAUAGUUUAGUAGGAUCUGGUGCAAAUUACAUCAAGAAUAUAGGAACCACUAACCACAAAUAGAAGAAUCAGAUAAAUCCAAUCAAUGGAUAUUUUCAUGCAAUAAACAUGUACUGUAACUUCUUAGAAAAAGUAUUUGAAAAUGCUGUUUUUUGUUGGAACUCAAAGUUUAGUAGACUUGCCAGCAGAAAUUUCUCAUAUCACUCAUUUUGUUGCUUCUUCAGAAUUAAAAUGUUUAAGAUACUUUUAUGUGUUCUGUGCAGGAAAACAUUCAAAAUACAGUUUCAGUUUUGCUAGGCAUAAAAGAAAAAUUUUGAUGCAAUAAAAUUUUAAAGUAUUUUGCCUCUUGGAAUUGCUUUGAAAGAUUCUUCAUAUAGCAAUGAUUCUUUACUUUUAUCAUCAACUGUACAAUCAUGGUGCCUGGAUCUUCCUUAACCAGCAGAUGCAACCCUUGUUCCUGGUUUUUUUUUUGUUUUUUUUUGGUUUUUUUUUUUUUGUUUUUUUUUUUUUGUGUAAUGACAACUUUUAAUUCAAGAUCCUUUCCUGAAAUCCCUCACUAAAUCAAAACUCCAGUCAAAGUCUCAAAAAGGAUUUUGCUUGAAUUGGGUCAGAAUGUUGCUGCCAAUGAAGUUGCGUUUUCCAUGGUUUGGGUUUUUGUUGGAUUUUUGUUUUGCGCAAAUCUUACUGAAUUAUUUUACUGGGGUUUUUUUUUGUGUUUUUUUGUUUUUUUGUUUUUUUGUGAAUUGGCUAUAUCAUUAAAUUAUAUUAUUUUGGGUUUUAUUUUGGGUUUUUUCCUGUUUUUAUAGCUGCUGGGUUUGUAGCUAUUGGUUAAGAGAAGCAAGCAUCUUUACCUUGCCAGUAUGAUUUUAAGUACAGUGCUGUGUAAGAAAUGGUUUAAAACCUUGUAAUUACUUUCCAUACAAGAGUUGUACUUGUUCUGAUUUUAUGGUUUGGGGUUUUUUUACAUUCCUUUAUCUUAAUUUUCUUUUGUUUACUUGCUCAUAUUAUCUGAAACAAAUUAAUUUCAGCUGAAUUGAUAUUUUCUCUUGGAAGGUUUUAUAUCUUAUGGGGAUAUGUAAAAUAAGAUCUCUAAUAAAAGGUAAUGUUAUUGUGA